UUAAUAGUGGCAACUAUGAGCAGUGAGAGAUGUGAGUCUGUCUGUUGGCUGACGUACCCACUGCUGGUCAGCACGGUCCUAUCACUCAGUCUACCAUCAGUCGAGAUUAUGUUGUUGUAUAGUCUUACUCUACUGACAGUCGGCGCGCACGUGCAUUAUGGGAUAUGUGUGGUCAAACAAAUAUGCGGUUACCUAAACAUCGAAUGUUUCACAGUUCCUAGACAUAAAAUUAAGUAAAUUAAAUUAUUAAACAUAUAUAUUUGAAGUGUUUUUAAUAUGGAUGGUGUUUUUCAUUACAGCACGGAUGUAGAGUCUGUACCAACACGUCUGCGUGGUUUUUUUUUUGUACCACAAUUGUGCCAAUGAAUAUACGGCCUAUCUGAUGGUAAACGGUUACCUCUGCCUCAUUUAUUUCUGCCACUGUAGGUGGUACUAUGUCAAGCAGCUUAUUUUGUAAACUAUGUUUGUUAUUACAAAGAAAUAUUAUGCUUUGAAGCAGGUAGAUUUCUAUAAAAUAGCAGUAUAAAUAAAUAUGAUUUAAACAAUAUUUUAAACAUAUAUUUUUUAACAGGAUAUAUACAUAUAUGUAUUUUGUACAUAUACAAAAAGAUUUAUUAAGCGCAUACAGUUGUCCGAAGAACCAAUAUAAAAGGAAGCAAUAUUCAAUAUUAUUUCAAAUUAAUUCAAUUAUAGAAUAGAAAAUCAUGUAUUCAAAUAUACUUAAUUUAAGUACUUUUGUAUAUUCAUAGUUAGGUAUCAUUGUUUUAAUCUACCGCUCAUUUGGGAAGCUGUCUGAAAGAAGAACGAUUAAGAAACUCGUGUGUUGCUCUUUAUUCUUGUAGUAAUCCUUGUAACUUUACAUUUCCAAUUCGAAACGUGCGAAUCUCAUGAAAAAUUACUUUUUAUUUUAAAACUUUUUACUUUAUAAAACAAUGAAAUUUAUGAGUAGAAGGAUGUCUGUUCAGAUGAAUUAUAAAGAGGAAUUGCUCUACAUGUUUUAUGCGUAUUGAAAAUCUUCAGUAAUCGAACUUCUCUUGAAUAUAAAAUUCUAGCAUACAAAAGAACAUGUUUUAUAUUGUCAGUAUCUUUUUAAUAAUACAUUUUAAAAUACUUAUAUAGAUAAAGUUCUAUAAAGAAACUAACCAACUCCACAAUUGUGGUUUUGCUAUAUAAAUUACUUCUUGAUCCAACCUUAAUACCUAGGGGUAUAAAAAUUUGUCUAUACACUAAUCAUGCGACAAAAUUUCACAAAAAUCUGUUAAGACGUUUCGGAGAAGUUGGAUAACAAAAUAUUGUGACAAAUGUGAUAUGUAUAUAUUAUUUUUCCAAUUCAACUGUACUUUUUGUUUUUGUAUGUUACGUGUAACUUUUUACGGGUUACAAUGAUAGUAUUUACGUAAAUUUACAUGUAAAUAAUCUGUAUGAAAAAUUAUUUGUAGAAUAUACCUACCUACCUUUAUACACAAGAAACUAAAUGUAUCUAUAUCUCCUAAAAUAUGAAUGCACUUACCUGCCUACAAAUAUAUCUGUCCUGUUACAUCCAGGUAUGAAAAUAUGACACCACCGUACAAUCUAAUUCACAAAAUAUUACGUAAUUCAAUACAGAAUAGCAAAAAAUGAGCAAUAGUGAUAUCGCUUUGCGAAAAGCUGCGCCGCCUUCUCUAUACAUAGAAGCGAGACAGAUAUACUAGCAUAACGUGUUACCCAACUCCGUCUUUAAAUUAUACGUUCUCAUAGCCUUGUAGCUGGCGAGAUAUUUUGAAAAAGAUCCCAAAUGCCAUUACGCGUUAUUGCAGUUUAAACUUUAUUGCAUUGCUAUUUCAAGUUGAUAUUGAUUGUUGGAUGACAGCUUUGUGGCGUUUUGGUUAUGAUACGAAAUUCAGUAAUGGGGGGUGCGCGACAUGGACACCAAAGUCGGGGUUUAGAAUUUCAGUACAGCUUCGGAUAGCUGCGAAGCGCUGCUUUGUUCGUCGUUCAAUUGUUUACCGAUUUUUUUUUAAUUUCCCUACGCGGCUAUUAUUCCACAUUUGAAAUUUUAAAACCGGAUUCUAACGAACUCACUUACGACGAUUAUGAAUGGAACUUCUCAAAGUUCUGAUCGAUUGUGACUUUUCAAAAUAUUGUGCUCAAAGUGUUUUGUGACAAAAUUUGCAUUUAUUUUUUACUGUGUUUCCUUUUGAAGAAGUUAUUAGUAAAUUUUAGGUAAGUGUGGUGCUUGUAAAAGAAUGAAAAUUAACAGUUGAAUUAAAUCAUUGUGGUGGUGUGGAUUAAACUAUGGCAUGUUGGUUAAUUGAACAAGAGCAUGCAUUUGGAGUAGACUCAAUGAUCCACUGAAGAAUGGAUAAUACCAAAUUAUAUCAUAAGACUCCAAAUUACUAUAUGGACUCACCGUACCGCUCAAAAACCAAACGCUAGGCGCAAAAUGACAGCUCAAAAACUGUUUCCCGCUCAAAAAACUGUCAAAGUGACAUUCUGGUGUGGUGUGUGAGUGCGUUCGGAAUGCAAACUACGACAUGGUGACACUGAUGCCGUGUAGCUACCUCGGCGGUGGGACGUCGCCUCGCUGCAGCUUGGAGCACGUGGAGCCAAAGACAAAACGACCUAGAACUGAGGCCAAUACUGAUGUACCGGAUAGAUUAUCGAGCGAAGUCAAUACAAGUCCUUGCGAGUCUGAAUCGACAUCAGAUUCCCCGCCGUCCUUACUGCAGGAUGCAGCAUUACCUGCUCUCCUAGUGUCUGGAGCUACGACACUGUUCCAGAACACGACGACUGCGUCAAACUCGGCGUUGAGUUUAUCAGCUGUAGACAGCUUAUGCUUGCCUGGUAAUUCGGAGGUGGAGAGCUGUAGUUUGGCGAACGGAUGCGCGACGAGUGCACCGUUGGGCGGUCUAGCCCUGCCAUUGACAACCACAGGCGGAUUGUGUUCGACCUCUUCAUCGUCUGCGGUGGCCUGGUUGAUGAAUGAAGAUAGUGCGGGUGGUGUCAAGAGCGAGGUGCGCAGCCCCGGGCUGUGCGAAGCGGACGUGGCGCUGUACGGCGAAACGCUGCCCUACGACCAGACCGCGCUGCCCUACCAGUAUUACAAUAGUAUGCAGCAGUAUGGUAGCGGCGGCGCGGCGUCCUCGUACGUCAGCUCCUCGCUCUACAACCAGCCUUAUGCGGCGUACCCUCCACCGCACAAUAGCAAUAACAGGUCCUCGUGCAAAGCGACGCCGACCUAUCUAAGUGCGUACGGUGUGAGCGGGGUAGGCAGUGUGCCGAGUACGGGGUUCGGUGCACAACCGUCGCCAUACACUUAUUCGUCAUACAACGGAGGUCUGGCCCAGUCGUUCCCUACAACGCAGCAAGUUAGUACGCAUAGAACUAGUUUAAAGUUUACUGAACUCAACAUUAUUGGAGCCAAAAUGGACUACAGCAGUUAUGCAGCGGGUUACGCGGACCACAAUGUGGCUCAGUACAGUGGAUACUACGCUACGCCGAGCUACUCCCCGUACGUCAGCUCGCCUAGUAGCAGCGGCAGUGCUGGCCACACCUCGUAUCAUUUGGGGGGCGCUCUAUCUGAUUCCCCAUCGUCGAUGCUUCCAUCAAUAAAUGAUACAAGUCCACUGUCGCCAAUUAAAAGUGAAGUACAUGCAGCUAGUCGAAGAUGUAGAGAGAAUUCAGGAGAGAGUACAGCAAGUAGAUCGCGAGGUCGUGGCAGACGGAACACAUCCUCGUCACCAGCACAGCAUGUGCCUGAGCCAUCUACUGAUCGGGUCUUCAUAUGGGAUCUGGAUGAAACUAUUAUCAUAUUCCAUUCCCUAUUAACAGGCACUUAUGCCACUAAGUACAAUAAGGAUACUCAACAAAUAGUUCAAUUAGGAUUCAGAAUGGAGGAAAUGAUAUUCAGCUUAGCUGAUACACAUUUCUUCUUCAAUGAUGUAGAGGACUGCGACCAGGAACACAUAGACGCGGUAGCAGCAGAUGACAAUGGCCAAGAUCUAUCUGCAUACAACUUCGCGUCGGAUGGAUUCCAUGCGGGAGCUGCACCUAACACCGGUUUAUGCGCGCCUGGUGUCCGCGGCGGCGUUGACUGGAUGAGGAAACUUGCUUUCCGAUAUAGAAAAAUAAAGGACACAUAUAAUAAUUAUAGAAACAGUGUUGGCGGUCUAUUGGGUCCAGCAAAGAGAGAACAGUGGUUACAGCUCAGGGCGGAGUUGGAACAAGCCACUGACAACUGGUUGACCCUGGCUUGCAAAUGUCUCAACAUGAUUAAUUCUAGGGAGAACUGUGUGAAUGUGCUAGUGACCACGACGCAACUGGUGCCCGCUCUAGCCAAGGUGUUGCUGUUCGGGCUCGGUGGAGUGUUUCCCAUUGAAAACAUAUACUCCGCUACUAAGACAGGAAAAGAAACGUGUUUCGAGAAAAUUAAGCAACGCUUCGGCGAGAGGUGCACAUACGUUGUGAUUGGAGACGGCCAAGAUGAGGAGGCCGCGGCCAAAGCGAAGAAUUACCCAUUCUGGAGAAUAUCCAGCCACUCGGACAUAGCCGCGUUGUACAACGCACUCGACAUGGGCUUCUUAUGAUUUGCUGUUAUCCUGGUACUCGUUCCGUUGUAAUUACAUACCUUAAAUUAAAUUGGGCAUUAUUUAAAUAAACAAAACUUAAUAAAAUUGCAAUUGGAAUCGUAAUUGAAAGUA